AUGACCUCUCCCUCCUACUCUCACCACUUCUCCAUCCACAACCUUCCCUACGGCAUCGCCUCCUCACCCUCCCAUCCCACCCCGCAAUGCGCAACCCGCCUCCACAACACCGUCAUCUUCCUCUCCGACCUCCAAUCCGCCGGCCUCUUCUCCUCCAUCCCAUCUCUCCCCGAGAACAUCUUCUCCAACACCACCCUUAACCCCUUCGCCGCCCUGCCCCGUAGCACCCAAACUCAAGUCCGCCAUGUCCUACAAUCCAUCUUGCAACCCUCCUCCACCUCUUCCCUCCCGGAAUCCAGCACUGCGGACAUAACCACCGUAACCAUGCAUCUCCCCGUCUCUAUACCUUCUUUCACCGACUACAGCGCCAGCCUCCCCCACAACCAACACGCGGGGCAAAUCAUUCUGAACCACCCGGCCCCACCCCCAGCAUUCUUCCACUUCCCCAUCGGCUACGCCGGCCGCGCCAGCACCAUCUCCGUCUCCGGCACUCCCGUCACCAGACCAUCAGGGCACUUCUACGACCGAACCGAUCCCUCAUUCCCACAGACAAAGAAAGUCAUUUUCGGGCCAUGUCGCGCACUUGACUACGAGCUCGAACUGGGAAUCAUCAUCGGAAACCCUCUCCCUCGGGGACAGGGCCUCAAAGCCCAGGAUGCGGAAGAGCAUAUCUUUGGGUUGGUGGUGUUGAAUGAUUGGAGUGCACGCGAUAUCCAAGGCCUCGAGAUGAUUCCACUCGGCCCACUGAACGGGAAGAACUUCGCGACUACAAUCUCCCCCUGGAUCGUCACUCUGGAUGCACUGCAGCCGUUUAAGACGCCCGGUCCGGAGCCGAGAGUUUCCCUCCCGGCGCAUUUGCAGGAUCCGGGGGAGUUUAAUUAUGAUAUUAGUGUUGUGACGGAGCUGGAAGCCGGUAGUGGUGGUAGUAGUACUGUGCUGGGACGGGGUAAUGCGAAGGACCUCUUCUGGAGUAUAAGACAGAUGUGUGCGCAUUUGGCGAGUACGGGGUGUGAUUUGCGCACGGGGGAUAUUUUGGGCACAGGGACGGUGAGUGGGGAGGAGGAGGGGUCAUAUGGGUGUCUUCUGGAGGUGACGGAGGGGGGGAAGAAGAGGGUGAAGUUGGAAGGAGUUGAUGGGGAGGAGAGGGGGUAUUUGGUUGACGGGGAUGUGGUGAGGUUGACGGCUUGGGCUGGGGAGGGGGUUGGUUUUGGGGAACUGUUGAAAGGUUGA